UUAAGUUCUUAUAAUUUUAUCACUAAACAUGUUGAAUUUGGAGAGGAUUCCUGAUCAAAUAGGAUACUUGGUCCUCACGGAGGAUGGUGCAGUACAGGCAUCCGGAGGAGAUCUCGAGAACAAUGAAGCAAAGGCAAAUAUAAUCUCCGGAAUGGUGAAUCUCACUGAAAACAUUGAUCCCAAGGUAUUCAAGAAGAAUGGAUGCAAGAGAAUAUCAAUUGUGUAUGAUGACUUCAGCUAUACUAUUUGCCUGUCCAAUAAAAAGAUCUACGUGGUAAAGAGGCGAUUCCCAUCAAACAAUUAAUUUCCUGUAAUAUUUACAAUACUUUGCUUUAUUAUCAGUUAUAUUUGCUUAUCAAAGAAUACAUUCUUUAUAUGUUGAUCACA